AUGGCUCAUUUAAACGACCGCCGCGUCCAUUUCGAUAUCCCGAUGGACGACGAGUCUGAAUCUCAAGCGCCGUCAUCUAACGCCGGCGACACUUCAAGCAUGAUGUAUUUUGGGUUUGGGGCUCCCCCUGUGCAUUCCCAAGUUAACACAGCGGAUACGGUGUCGGCACCGCCAUAUCAGCUCAACUUCGGGUUUGAACCUCAACCCACACCGCCGGACCAACCGGCCUUUAACUUCGGGUUUGACACUAACCUCAAUGUUUCACUCUCACCUCGGCCAGCAGCUGCACAGGCUGACACUGCGACGGUGCCGCCAGGGCCACCGUCCAGGUUUAACUUUGGGUUUGAACCUCGGGAACGCACCCCGCCAAUCCUCCAACCGGCGUUCAACUUUGGGUUUGACGCCGGCAUAGAGGUGUCACCCACACCGCCUCCAGUAGCUCGGCCAAUAUUGGACUUCGGCUGGAACACACCAGUUGCGACAAAUGAUCUGGUCACACCGGUUACGACACCAUUCAAUUUUGGAAUGGACUUAGAUGUCACUCCGCAACGGUCAGCGACACCAACUGUCAUCCCCACUCCUCCUCCGCCUCCAACGCCAAAGCCAGCCUUCGACUUUGGUUGGAACCUAUCGCCGACACCUGCGCCGGGUCCACCACUUCAUGUGGGAUAUGAUCUCUCCAAUACACCAUUUCCGUUCAAUUGUCAAGCUCCUCCGGCUAAAGUGGGAGAUUGGCAACCUCUUCCGGUUAGGGCGGCCGGACCAGCAGCCACGCCGCCCGCUCCCACUCGGAUGGACGUGGCGUACACACCGAAGGGCCUACCAAAUGUGGAGUUCGCGUUUCCAAAGAAAUGCACGCCGAGCAAUUCCGCUGAAUCAUCUGAACCUCGGCCUUCCCUUUUGAGCAUGGUCGGCGAUGCCAAGAAGGCAGCGAUCAACAUAGUCAAACACCUUGGAGGAGAUGAAUUUGAUAAGCUUGCGCAGUUAAUGCUUGGCAGCAUAGUCAACCCCGGCGAUGAUGUCCGGCCUCCUAAGCCCGAUGAAGUCCUGGACAGCAACCGGGUCAUCAUGUCGGCGUUCUGUGAGAGCAGAGAUAAAUUGACCCGGAUUUUCAAAGAUUUGAUCCACUUGCAUCACAUGGCGGCGGUGCAGGCCAGAGUUGUUCCAUUGGUGGACUCUCUGUCCAAAGAGGUGCAGAAGGCAGAGGGAAAGUCUGCCGGUAGUGACUAG